GCAAGCCGCAGCUCAGUGUCUGUCGGCGAUCCGUGCGACAUCACAGUUUGCUCGCUUUUUUUUGUUAAAAUCGUUAGUCACAAUAAAUAAUCGUGUGCCUGCGGACAAUAUAAUAUUUAAACAUCGUAAUAGCUAUCGAUUUCACGCGUUAUAAAUCGGCUGGUGUGUCUAUAUAUACUAUAUACAUAAUAAUAUAAUAUUAUAUUAGAUAUUCAUAUUUGCGUAUCGGCUGUACCAAAAGACAACCGAUAGAUAUUAUACAUUUUUUAUAUCCGAGAGCUGAAGUUUAGAUGGUUCAUCUGCGUGGAAGAAAAAAACAAAUAAUAUAAUAUGGUUCAUAUUUUAUUAUAAUGUGUAUUUCAGUUAGGUUCGAUACGAAUCGAUAAUAAUACGCGAUGAUGGAUCGGUGCGAGAACUGCGGCGAUGAAUACGAACGGUUGCUGAGCGAAGAGGAUGACCGUUCGUCGGCGGCUGAGGAUCAACGCAACGAACACACGCUGCAUUAUCGGCAGCGGACCGUGGAUACUGGUCGGCGCGUCACCUACGGCUUCGGACACGUGUUCAACGACAUCACCGCGGCCAUUUGGUUCUCUUACACCAUGGUGUUCAUGCAAAACGUCGUUGGUGUACCCGCGACCACCGCUGGAUUUUUACUGUUUUUUGGUCAAACUGUAGACGCAAUAACAACACCAUUUGUGGGUAUCAUAGUUGACAAAUUUGGAAAAAAGAAAAAUUGGGUGCUAUUAGGAACUGUGAUGGAAGCCAUAAGCUUUCCAUUAAUAUAUUACGUUUGGAAUUUAUCGAUUUUCGUAACUACCUUGAUUUAUAUCUGCGCGAUAUUAAUAUUCCAAAUGGCCUGGGCUCUUGUUCAAAUUUCUCAUUUGUCGUUGAUACCAGAGCUAACUGAUUUGUCUUUAGAGAGAGGCAAAUUAACUUCAAUAAGAUACGUAUUCACAGUGUCCACGAAUAUUUUAAUGUUCAUAAUCGCUUGGUUAGUGUUCAGAGGUGUAAAGAAUAACGGAAAUGUGGGUAGUCUCAUUGGCCCUAAUGACUCAGAAAAAUUUCAAAUGUUAGCGUUAAUUGCUACUACGAUCGGAGUUUUCUCUGCGUUUAUUUUCCACGGACUAUUGAAAAGCCCACGAAAUAUCAAUAAGAAAUCGAUGUACAGGCAGAAUCGACAGAUAAAUUUCAAUAAAAUACUAAAAUUUUGUAAAAAUGUUCAACUGUAUCAAGUGGCUAUUGUGUUUACAACUUGUAAGCUGCUGAUAAAUAUUGCUCUGAUAUAUAUACCACUUUUUAUAAACGAAUCGGCUAUUGACGAAUCUAGUACCAUAGCUAGCAUACCGUUGGUGGCAUAUGUUUCUUCUUUGAUCACAUCUAUUGGCGUGGAAUACGUUAAACCGUGUUUAAAAUCUGAUAAAGUGAUCUUUACAAUUGGUAGUGUAAUAUCAAUUUUUGGAUCAUUAUUAGUAUUCUUCAAUCCUAAUAAUGAAUUCACUUAUCACUACUUAUGUUUAGCUGCUGUAUGCUUUGGUUCAGGAAGUGCAAUAACUUCAGUGUUGAGCCUUAGUGUCACCGCAAACCUUAUUGGAAAUGAUACAGAAUGUGGAGCUUCCAUAUACAGUUCAGUUACAUUUUCUGAUAAAUUAAUUAAUGGUUUAGUUAUCAUUGGAAUAGAAUUUAUGAAAUGCACAAAUUUGGAAAAAUGUUCACAUUAUUACAGAGAUGUGUUGGCAUUUAGCAGUGGAUCACUUGCACUCAUUGGUUUAUUGGUGUUUUUAACAAUACCAAAAAUACUUAUAAAAGCAUCAAAGAGUUCAUCAUCUCAUAUAGUUAUUUAAAUUUAAUUGUACAAAUAAAAUAUGUUCCUUUGUUAUUUUUAGGCAGUAAACAUAUUUUGACUAAAUUCGUAGAUAAAAAUAAAUAAUAACAUAUAAUUUUAAUAUUAUAUAUUUACGAAGUGUUCAUUCUAUAUUUCUUACAACAC